UAUUUUUCCCGUGUCUUUGCCUCGUCUUCCUCCCCGCUCCAUCCCUCCCCGAAAUUUCAAAUCCUCCGCCGCCGCCGCCCACCUCGCCGCCGUCCUCCUCCUCCUCCUCCGCCGACGAUGGAGAAGAUCUCCGUCGCAGUCCGCUUCCGCCCGCCGACAACCGCCGCCCCAGCGGCGGACCAGUCCCCCUCCUCCACCGGCGGCGACCGCGAGUGGCGCGUCGACGACGACACCCGCAUCACCCUCCUCCACCGCAGCGCCCCCGUCCCCGGCGCCUCCUUCGCCUUCGACCACGUGUUCGACGGGGCGGCCACGAACGAGCGGAUCUACGGCGUGCUGGUGCGCUCCCUCAUCCGCGCCGCGGUCGACGGGUUCAACGGCACCGCCUUCGCCUACGGCCAGACCAGCAGUGGGAAGACGUUCACCAUGAACGGCUCCGCCGACCACCCAGGCAUCAUCCCGCUCGCCGUCCGCGACGUCUUCGACACCGCGCGCGAGGUCUCGGACCGCGAGUUCCUCAUCAGGGUCUCCUACAUGGAGAUUUACAACGAGGAAAUCAAUGACCUCUUGACGCUCGGGAGCGAGAAGCUGCCGAUUCAUGAGAGCUUAGAGCGUGGUGUCUAUGUGUCUGGGCUACGGGAGGAAAUUGUGAACAGUGCCGAGCAAGUGUUUAAGCUCUUGGAGCUUGGAGAAGCAAAUAGGCAUUUUGGGGAGACAAAUAUGAAUGUGCGGAGCAGCAGAUCACAUACUAUUUUCAGAAUGGUCAUUGAAAGCAGCGCAAAGAACCACAUGGAUUCUGGAGAUGCUAUCCGUGUAUCUGUCUUGAAUUUGGUGGAUUUAGCUGGUUCAGAAAGAAUUGCCAAGACCGGAGCUGGAGGUGUGCGUCUCAAGGAGGGAAAGCAUAUUAACAAAAGCUUGAUGAUUCUUGGGAAUGUCAUCAAUAAGUUGAGUGAGAAUGGAAAGCAAAGAGGGCACAUCCCCUAUCGUGAUAGUAAGUUGACGCGCAUUUUACAACCUGCACUUGGAGGCAAUGCAAAAACAUCAAUCAUUUGCACUGCUGCUCCUGAGGAGAUUCAUGUUGAGGAAACCAGAGGAACUCUUCAAUUUGCAAGUAGAGCAAAAUGUGUCAGCAACUGUGCUCAAGUGAAUGAGAUUUUAACAGAUGCAGCUCUGCUGAAGAGGCAAAAGCAGGAAAUAGAAGAACUUCGCAAAAAGUUGCAGGGUUCUCAUUCCGAAGUGUUGGAGCAGGUUAUACUAAAGCAGCGCAAUGACAUGCACAAGUCUGAACUUGAGCGUGAUCGACUAGCAAUGGAACUUGACGAAGAAAGGAGGUUAAGGGAAACACUAGAGCACCGUUUGGCUGAGCAACAAAAAAUGUUAGAUGGCAUUAGCAAUACCAGCAUAUCACCAGAUCAGUUCACUGAUUCUAUCCAGUUCGAAUCAUUAAAAACUCCAACUUCUAAAGAGAGACCAGCUGAGUUUGUUGCAAGUCGUGCGAACUAUUCAAAGGAUGUAGAAUUCAGCCCAAUACCAGAAAAUUUAGGGACUGUAGCUGAUGAGGACCUCUGGAUGCAGCUGAACAAGGGGUGUGUUACUGAUCUCGAAAUGCUUGAGAUGACACCUGGUUUCAAAUGUGCGCCAUCCCUGGCAGAUGAUAAAGCAUCAGUUGCAACUCCAGACGAGGAACCAAUCGACGCAAGAUGCCAAAGGCUAGAGAAGGACUGCACCGCCGAUAGGCAGCAGCUGGAGGAUUCAAAGGCGUGGCGCGCGGCGCUCGAGGAGGAGCGCGACACGCUGAAGAGAGAAAACUCGUCCUUACUGGAUGCGCUCGCCAAGGCGAGGCAGGACGCCGACCAUCUCGUCGCCGACAGGCUGGAGGCGCUCAGGGAGCUGGACAUGGAGAAGAGCAGGAUGGAUGAGCUCAAGCAGGAGAUCAAGCUCUUCAGCCAGGCCUUCUCGCUGAGGCAGGGGCAGCUCACCUCCCUGUACACCAAGUCCAAGGCCAUUGUGGAGAACUGCAAGACGUCCCAGUUGGCCUUGCCCUGAUGUUUCUUCCUCUUCUUCUUCAGCAGCAACUGCAGAGAAGCGUGUUACGCAUUCGAUCCAUCUGCAACCAAUUCUUAAAUUGCAGAUUGUGUAGUGUAUUUGUUUGCUGUACGUGUGUGCUGGAUUAGAUUGCGUGGUAUUACGAGCCGUGUGCAAAGCUCCUGUGAAGUAGUAGUGUAUACCGAAAAAAAAAACAUUGCUAUUGUUUGUGAUUUGGAGGACAUCAGCUAUGCGUUUUGGUUAGCGUUCUGGAAGUGUCAAGCUGUAUUUGACCAGUGGAAACGCCGUGUUUGUUUUAGCGGCACAAACCAGAAUCAGAUUGCCAUCAAUGUACCAUAACAUUUCAUACCAGAAUCCGAUCAGUCUUGAAAUUUUUAUUGUUGGCA